CCCGCCAUCCCAUAACUCUUCCCUCAUUCUUUUCCUUGGUUCUUGCUAACAUUUUUACCUCAAUUUUACCCUUUUUUUUUGUUUUUUUUUCAUUCCAUAGCUUUUUUUAAGUUCUUCAUUCAAUUCUUCAAAAUGAGGCAGAGUUCAACCCGUCGUCAGCAACAGAGAAGUUGGGCUGAAAUAUUGUGUUUCGGUUGCACCUGCCUGCAGCUUUUCUGGGGUCGAGUUGUGAUGCGAAAAUGGCUCAACAUUCCGACUAAAGAGUCCGAUUACAGCGCCGAUACCGAGUCUGAUUCCGGCUCCGACGUCUCAGACGAUGAAUUCUGUGACUGGCCGAGGAGGGAAUCAAGGUUUAAGGAUGAUAGAGGUGGACAAGUUCAGCUUGAUGCUAAUGAUGCUCUUCCCACGUUAAGGCGACGCAAGUCAGAGACAUUCAGAGCACAAUAUAUAAAUAAAAAGGAAAUCAAAAUAUGUGCCGGUACAUGGAAUGUUGCUGGAAGAGUUCCUCCUGAUGACCUAGACCUUGACGGUUGGUUAGAUCUCAAUGAGCCUGCUGAUAUUUAUGUAAUUGGAUUUCAGGAGAUUAUACCACUAAACGCUGGAAAUAUCUUUGGUGCUGAAGACAGCCGACCUGUUUCAAAGUGGGAAGAUAUCAUCCGCCAAUCUCUUAGUAAAAUCCAAGCCAAGACUAAGUUUAAAUGCUUCAGUGAUCCUCCUACUCCUUCAAGGUUUAAGCCAGCCGAAGAUGCCCCAGAUAUAGAAGAUGAAAUCAUUCUUGAAUCUGACAGUGAUGGAGAGGAGGAAAUCUAUCCCGUAAAUGAUGAAACCAGUGGUUUUGAUGGACACAUGGUUGGACCAGUCAAUGAAGAAAAUGAAGCUAUGAAUGCAGAUGUUUCUUUCUACAGCCAUAAGAAUGAUUUCUCAGCCAUUGACCAAGAUUUGGAGACACAGUUUUCUUCUCCAAAAAAGCUGGAUAGGUUGAAAUGCUUUAGAACAGAAGAUAGUGAAGAAACUGAAGAGCCAAAUAAGCAGUUCGACCGUAAAUUACUCAGAACCCUGAGUGGAACAGAAAAAAUAGGUUUUUGCUGGCCAGAGGCACCUCUUGAUCUUCUGUCUCAGCAUCUUUUGGAGAGACCUAAUUCUUUCAAAUCAAUGAAGUCAUUCAAAGCUUCAAAAUCCUACAGAAAAUAUAGUUCUUUGAAGUCUGGUAUGAAUAUUCAAAAUAGAAAACAAUCAGAUGCAGCUUUGCUUGCGGAACUUGACCUUGAAUUCUUAAUAAAAAGAAAAAGAAGGCCAGCAUUUGUGAGGAUAGUAAGCAAACAAAUGGUUGGAGUUUUCUUUAGCAUAUGGGUCCGGAGAAACUUGCGAAAGCAUAUACAUAACAUAAGUGUGUCGACUGUUGGUGUGGGUGCAAUGGGAUACAUAGGUAACAAGGGAUCAAUAUCAGUUAGCAUGUCUGUAUAUCAGACACUCUUUUGUUUCGUGUGUAGUCACCUGACGUCAGGUGAGAAAGAGGCAGAUCUUGUGAAAAGAAAUGCUGAUGUGUACGAAAUACAUCGCAGGACGCAUUUUAAUUCACAUUCAGUUAUGGGCCUACCUAAAAGCAUUUAUGACCAUGAGAGAAUCAUAUGGCUGGGUGAUCUAAACUACCGCAUCAACUUGUCAUAUGAGACAACAAGACAGCUACUCUUGAAAAAGAACUGGUCCAAUUUAAGAGAGAGUGAUCAGCUUAUCAAAGAGCUGAGGAAAGGUCGUGCAUUUGAUGGAUGGUCAGAAGGUAUCCUGACUUUUGCACCAACUUAUAAAUAUGAGAUCAAUUCAGAAAAGUACAUUGGCGAUGAUCCAAAAGGAAGACGUACUCCAGCAUGGUGUGACCGAGUACUCUCAUUUGGAAAGGGCAUGAGGUUAAUAAGCUAUAGAAGGAAUGAGAUUAAGUUUUCAGAUCACCGGCCUGUAACUGCCUCUUACAUGGUUGAAGUGGAGGUAUUUUCUCCAAAGAAAUUGCAACGUGCCCUCACUUUCACUGAUGCAGAAAUUGAAGAAGAGCCCAUAAUCUCAGAUAUGAGUGUUGAUAGAGGAAUGAGCAGACUAAUGUGGGAGAGGAUAUCUCUUACUGGGGUCGAUGAGAAUAAGGCGCAAUAGAGGUUGUUGAGUUAUGUAACUCCCUAGUCAGCUAUCAUAAGCUACGUAUAUACCAUAUUCUUUUGAUUCUUUUAACUGUGCAGUUAGAGGUCACAUGUUUGUCUGUAUAUUCCUGUUGUCUUUUCAAGUCUUCCCAUUCUAUGUCAAUAUUAACCUCUAUGCAGAGAGAUCAGUCUUUUCUUCGUUUCUUAGCAAGUAGAUGUGAUUCUGCAGCUCCAUUGUCAUACCUCUUGAGAAAUCAUACGCAAUAGGUUUUGAGAUAA